AAAAAAAAAAAAAAAAAAAAUAUUUUUUUUUUCAAAAAACUAUAAAAAAGUUAUUAAGGAUGGCUGUUGUGUGUAAAAUAUUAAAUAGUAGUAUAACUGCUGGUUCUUCUGUAAAAUAUUUAAUUACAAACGGAACAUGGGAUACUUUAUCACAAAAACCCAUCGUAUAUGUAAAUCCUAGUUGUAAGGUGCAUAUUCCAGGUUGGACUACUAGAAUAGAAUUAUUUGGAUUAGGUCAAUAUGUUUCAUAUCAAAUAGUUUGUAGGUUUUGGACAGAUGAUGGGAAUGUAAAUAAAAUUAUUAUUUAUAAAAGGUAUACAGAUUUCUAUAAAUUACAUCAAAAACUUGUAGGAAAAUAUGGUAGUGAAGUUAUACCUCCAUUACCUCCAAAACAAUCUAAAGGAAGAUUUGAAGAAGAUUUUAUUGAAUUAAGAAGGGUACGAUUAGAAAUAUAUCUUGCAUGUUUAGCAAAAUUUUAUUAUCCUGAAUUAAUGGCAUUUGUAGAUGGUGAUAAAAAAGGAACAAAAGUUCAAACAGAUGAAGACCGUAAUUUAAUUCAAGAUAGAUUUGCUACGGCAUUUAAAAGAUAUAAUAAUGAAAAAUUAUUAAAAAGUUGUUUAACGAGUAGUUCUAGACGGUAUAAAAGAUUUCAAGUACAUUUUUCAACUGAUGUUGUAGAUAAUGAAAAAGCUUCAAAAAAUCCAAGUAGUUUACAAUUUAUGAACCAAAAUCCUGAUAUUACUGUUUAUUACAUGUAAAAUAAAAAAAUGUUUAUUUUUUUUU